AUGCCACAGUCACCGCCUCAUGAAGGCUACGGCAACAUUCCGUAUCCCAAUGACCCAACUCAAUUCAGUCGCGGUUACGGCAUGUCUGCGGAUUCUCGACCGGCCUCUUAUAUCGCAAAUUCAAUUGUACCCUCUGACUUCUCUGUCGCACAGCCAACUCUAGGAAUAAACCCGUCGCAGUCGGCUUACCCGUCACGUUUCAACGAAGAGAUUGACCUGUCCCAGCGAGGCAGUUCCAUAAUGAUGGAUGGUACAAACGGAGGAACUAGUUUGCAAAGGAGCGAAUCGCAAAUGUCGCACAAUAGCAUCGCGCCGUCAAGAAGCGGCACUUUGAAGAAAAAGGCAUCGCUGAGUCGGAAAGGAGGCUUGAAGCGAAGCAGUAGCAGGCGCAGUCUUCGCGCUGGCAGCGUAAGGAGCCUCAACCUCGGAGAGAGGGAGAAGUAUGGUAGCGACGAUCCCAAUAGUGCUUUCUACGUGCCAAUUCCGACGACUGGUAGCCCAACGGAAGAGCUCGCAAAUCGUUUUCAAGCUUGGCGAAAGGUACUCAAGGACCUCCUUAUCUUUUUCAAAGAUAUACAGAAAUCAUACGAAACCAGAGCAAAGCUACUCCUUUCGGCGGGUAAUAUCCUGAACAACACGUCCUUACCGUCAACCUUUCUCGACUCCGGUGGCCUGGGAGAUGCAACGGAAAUUCUACGUGAUUACCAUAAGCAAGGUCUUAUUGAAGCCAACAAGGCUAAAGAAGUUGAAAGUGAAGUGAUCCUUCAAUUGACCGGCCUUAGAAGCGACCUGCAACAGAAGACCAAAGAAAUUAAAAGUCUCUCUGGAGACUUCAAGAACAGCGUAGAUAAAGAAGUCGACAGCACGCGGAAGGCUGUCCGAAAUCUACAGGAAAGCCUAGGUCUUGUUGAUGUUGAUCCUUCAGCUACCUCGGGCAGGCAUGAUCCUUUCAUUCUUCGAUUGCAAGUGGACAAACAGAUCGAUAAACAGAUCGAGGAGGAGAACUACCUUCACAGAGCAUAUUUGAAUCUCGAAAAUUCCGGUCGUGAACUUGAGGCAAUCGUAGUCGGCGAGAUACAGAAAGCAUAUAAUGCCUAUGCUAGUAUCCUGAAACGCGAGGCAGAUGUUGCCUUGGAUGCUGUAGAGAAGCUUCGAGCCGGUCCCAUCUCCAUGCCCAAAGAUCAUGAAUGGAACAACUUCAUUACAGAAAGCGAACAUCUUGUUGAUCCUAGAAUACCUAUCCGCAGCUUUGAGAAUAUCACUUAUCCCGGCAGGGACCAUCCAGCUGCCGCCGAGGUCCGGUCGGGCAUGCUCGAGCGCAAGAGCAAAUACCUGAAAAGUUAUACCCCUGGAUGGUAUGUUUUGUCACCAACACACCUUCACGAAUUCAAGUCGGCCGAUCGAGUGGCCUUCCAGACACCUGUCAUGUCUCUCUACCUUCCGGAACAGAAACUGGGUUCUCACUCGCAACCCGACUCUUCCUCCCAUAAAUUCAUGCUCAAAGGAAGACAAACAGGCGCCAUGCACCGCGGCCAUGCCUGGGUCUUCCGGGCUGAGUCUUAUGACACAAUGAUGGCAUGGUUUGAUGAUAUCGCGUCUUUGAGUGAGAAAACUGGCGAGGCUCGAAAUGCAUUUGUCAGGAACCACGUUCGAAGUCUAAGCGGACGUAGCAUUCGGCCAGGUUCUAUCAGUAGUGACGGGGUUAUGGAUGAAGAUGAAGCAGAUCAGACUCCCUAUUCGAGCCAGUCUGCUGUCCUUCGAAGAGCCUCUCCAGUAAAAGGAGAGACUCCGGCCCAGCGCCCACAACCAGGUGGGCGUUUCCCAAGUGAUGUACAGAUCGACCGUCACUUACAGGCAACCAUGUCACUUUCUAGUGGAGAGAGCUCUGGUGCCCGAGAAGCUUUAGCCGAUGCCGUGUCCCUCUCAGGGUCUGGUGUUCCAUACGAAACGAGUCAACAACCACCCCAGGAAAUUAAUCAGUUGCCUUAUCGACCAGCAGGCGUAAAUCAUGAAACCUAUGGAACGUGGAUAGAAGCCUCAACUACCGCCGACCAGUACCCAGACCAUACACAAGAGCAAAUCAACCACCAGCAGCCUGUCACGUCCGCUUCACAGGCUCCUAUCGUUGUCGCUAGUGAACCCACCACUGACAGACGCGAAUGGGCUCCUGAAAAUGUACCUCAAGCUCCGACAAACGGUACCAUUUCUGCUUCUGGGGGGCAGACAGGUGUGAAUGCUCCGUCACUCAAUAGACAGGAGUCCCAAAGAUCCCGACAGACCCACUCCACGUAUUCGCUGCUGGCUUCGACCCCAACCACUGAAGCAACUUCUCCACUAACCGACAAUACCAACGGCAUGGCAUCCGCUCAAUCAAAGGAGAGCCCCUCGACAAUUGACAUGCUCAAAAUGCCUGGAAGAUAUCCUCGCCAGAUGACGGGCUAG